AUGUUGCUGCAGUAAGAAACGAGUGUUGAUAGUUUGAUAGAAGUUUUGAUACUUCAUACUGAGACUGUGAACAUUAGCUGGGUGGGCAAUUCUUAAAUGAUUUAAACUUCAAGAAAAGCGCUCACGCAACUGAGUAUGCUACAGUUCUGGGACACUACAAAUAAUUCAAUUUAUAAAAUAAAUAAAUAAACAAUUUGAUUGAAAAUGAUAUUCAUAUUUUAUAAUGUACUUGUCAUACAUUGGAUUGGGCUACUAUAAACUUUUAUUUUAGCAUACAGCUACUUAUCCGGAAUAUAUAGGAAGUUUACUGUUCUGUCUCAUUUUUAACCUUAUUGCUCCUAAUUUGGAUGUCCUCAACCAUCAUGUAAGAAUUGCAACUCUCAUAACAGUUGCAAGUCUCAAAAAUGGUUCAUUUAAAAAAAUGUUCAAUUAACUUGUAUUCCGUUUGCUUUCAAAUAACAUUAAUUUUGUUUUGAAUACUUUCAGAUAAUAUUAGAGUUUUAUGGAAUCAAUAUUUGAUUAUUGAAUACUUCAAACAAGUCAAACUAUUUCUGGAGCUGUUGAUUGACAGUGAUUGACAGGUCUUGUCAGUCUUGGGAAAUGACGGCACUUCGGGUUACAGACCACGUUGUGUAGGCAGCAUUCAUUCGUAAAAUUCACGUGGCCAGCACUGUGGUCUAUUUUUUAUUGGUAAAUUGGAAAAUGGCCGGCGUUCAGUCGGAUAAUUUCCAGGAAUGCAUUCCUCAACAACGUUACUGGUUAGCCUGCAUGUAAAAAAAUGCAACUGCCUAGCUACGGGGCGCAUUAAAUUACACAGUAACCCUGUUAACAUAUGCACUGUGAAUAAAUUGAGGCAUGUGAGGUUGCCUAACUAGAUGCACUAUUUAAUUUCCGCGAAUGCCAACCAAAAUGGCGUUUGUGCUCUUUCAGUCCUCCAAGUACUCUACGAAAUCUAGUGAGAGAGAAGCCCUCCGUUAAUGUUUAAUUCAAAGACAAUAUUCGCUCCAUGGCGCAAUCAGAAUCCUGGUAGAGAAACUUCCACGUCGUGGAUCCCCAUUGCAUUAUUUCAGUCCAGUCUUCAGUGUGCGUGUAAGCAUUUUCAAUCAAGACCUUUAUUAAUUCAGUAAGGUUUUUUAGUACUGUGCUAGAACAAAAACCCGCACCCACAUCCCGAUUUUUCGGGCAAUGUUUGACGCUCUUGUUUUAGCCACUCUGUCUAGUGUUAAUUGUUCACCAAACACGGUUUGGUGUUGGUUGCGAGGCGGUUGUUUUCCUUACUGCCGACAAAGGGCACAUCUGAUUGGUUUAGAAGCUCCUCGGAACGUGUCUGAGCCAGUCACAGAUCAUCGGACGUGUUGCGCGAGGAGAAAAGCAACGACUUCCUUGCGUCAGCAGUGCAGCACUGCGUGUCUGUCUCUAGGCCGUGGAUAAAGACGCGUUCGCGGCAUUCACAGCUAGGGGUUUCCCUGUCUGAACUUGAAUGGCCCUUCCGCCGCCUCCCUCUUAUGCUGCUUUUCCAUUAGAGGUGAUACAUUUCUGGCAAUGGAACCUGGGGUUGUGAACGCAGCCUAUGUGAUUAGCGGAGUCCGCGAAAUAUGCUGAAUUUAGAAAGUAAUGCACCAUGAUGCUAAGCGGACGGGCACAGCUUCAUUGUUCGGAGGAGCACGAGUGUUCCUCGCUUUCUUUCUCCGGCUCAUCCCGUGCUGCUUUGUCUUUCACUUACCGCAAGAGGCAGGCGGUGCCCAGUCCCGCGCCUCUCGUCUGGAGGCAAACCCGGUCACCAUGAGCCUGCACGGCGCGAGCGCGGGGACCGACCGGUCCCGGGACCGCCGGCGCUCCAGCGACCGCUCCCGAGACUCCUCCCACGAGCGGGGCGAGGGCCAGCUGACCCCCUGCAUCCGCAACGUCACCUCCCCCACCCGCCAGCAGCACAGCGACCGUGAGCGGGACCCCAGCUCGUCGUCCCGGCCCAGCAGCCCCCGGCCCCAGCGGGCGUGGCCCAUGGGCUUCGGCGGCUCCGGCAGCAGCAGCGGGGUGUCCAGCAGCCGCACCAGCAGCCUGUCCAGCGGCGAGGGCCCCUGCAAGGGCGUGGCCGUGGGGGAGAUGGUGUUCGUCUACGAGGGGGCCAAGGAAGGCGCCCGCAGCCUCAGGACCUCCGAGAGGGUGACGCUCAUCGUGGACAACACGCGCUUCAUAGUGGACCCGUCCAUCUUCACCGCACAGCCCAACACCAUGCUGGGCAGAAUGUUUGGGUCUGGAAGGGAGCACAAUUUCACACGGCCCAAUGAGAAAGGAGAAUUUGAGGUUGCCGAGGGAAUCAGCUCUACAGUAUUCAGAGCCAUCCUGGAUUACUACAAAUCUGGGAUGAUCCGCUGCCCUGACGGCAUCUCCAUCCCGGAGCUGAGAGAGGCGUGCGACUAUCUCUGCAUCUCCUUUGACUACAGCACCAUCAAGUGCAGGGACCUCAGCGCGCUCAUGCACGAGCUCUCCAACGAUGGGGCGCGGCAGCAGUUUGAGUUCUACCUGGAGGAGAUGAUCCUGCCGCUGAUGGUGGCCAGCGCGCAGAGCGGGGAGAGGGAGUGCCACAUCGUGGUGCUGACGGACGACGACGUGGUGGACUGGGACGAGGAGUACCCCCCCCAAAUGGGAGAGGAGUACUCGCAGAUUAUCUACAGCACAAAAUUAUACCGUUUCUUCAAGUACAUAGAAAAUCGAGAUGUUGCCAAAUCGGUUUUAAAGGACAGGGGUUUGAAGAAAAUCAGAUUAGGUAUUGAAGGCUACCCCACGUACAAAGAGAAGGUGAAGAAGCGUCCGGGCGGCCGGCCGGAGGUGAUCUAUAACUACGUGCAGCGGCCCUUCAUCCGCAUGUCCUGGGAGAAGGAGGAGGGCAAGAGCCGGCACGUGGACUUCCAGUGCGUCAAGAGCAAGUCCAUCACCAACCUGGCGGCCGCCGCCGCCGACAUUCCUCAGGACCAGCUGGUGGUGCUGCACCCGGGCCCCCAGGUGGACGAGCUGGACAUCCUGCCCAACCACCCCCCGCCCGGCCACAGCUACAGCGGCAACCAGGAGCCCGACCCCGACGCCCCCUCCCCGGCCAUCUGAGACGAGGCCCCGCCCCCACGCGCCGCCCCCUCCCCCCCACACAGCAUGCUGCAUCCAGGAGCGAGAGUGGCACCGCGACUGCAUUGCCUUGGCCCCUCCUCCUUGCCUUAGAGCCACACAGACCCAGUCUACCGAUGGCCUCAAACGACCCGUUCCUCCCACCGGCCUGGGGAACCCGGCCUGCUGUAACCACCUGAAAGACCUGGCCUACUGUAAAAGCCUCAAGGACCUGGUCUACUGUCACCACCUGAAGAGCCUGGUCUUCUGUGCCCACCUGUGAAUGGUCUGGUCUACUGUGAGCCUCUGAAGGACCUGGUCUACUGAUGGCCUGAAGGGGGAUGCAGGACACUGGCAAGGGUGGACACGCCCCCCCCCCCCCUUUUUCCUUUUACAUUGUAUUUUUUUUUUUUUUUUUUUACUUAACCAAAGGAAAUUAAUUUUUUAUCAGGUAUUUGAAAAGGAAUUUUAGGGAAGUCACUUCUUUUUGAAAUCGUGCUUAUUAUUAUUGUUAUUGUUAUUAUUGCUACUAUCAUUGUAUUGUUUCUCAUUGGAUGAGUUUGGGUUGUCGCACUGUGUUGUUUUUUCGCUCUCACUCUGAAACGACCCCGCCCGGCCUGCGGCGAUGGCACUUUCUCUGGCCGAGCCGCGUUCACACCGGACCGCUGUAGUUCCUCUCGUCUCGACCCGCUCCGCUCGGAGCUCGAGGACCGUUAUUUUAAUAAAGAUUUUCAAAUCACA